AUGGGCGGUUUCCCCAACCCAAACGACUGCUCUAAAUGUGUCUGCCCUGGAGGAUAUGCUGGAGAUCUGUGUACUGAAAGACCUGAUGAAGGGUGCGGGCGCAAAAUUGACGCAACGGAAGAGUGGGAGACUCUCACUGAUGUUUUGGGAGAUUAUAGUGUNCGACAGCCCCUGGAAGAUUUCAAAAAGUGCCAUUACUGGAUCGAAUCUCCCAGAGGAACUGAGAUCGUGGUAGAAAUUGUCAGUCUCAAAGGCCACCAAGCUGUUGACGGUUGUGUAUAUACUGGUGUGGAAAUCAAGACGAACAAAAACCAGCAGCUCACUGGUUACAGAUUCUGUGCUCCUCAAGCGGCUGGAAAAACAUUUCGCUCAUUCACUAAUCGAGUUCCAAUAAUGACGUGGAACAAAGUUUUUAAAUCUGAAACGGUUUUACGUUUCAAACACGUUGCGCCGAUUGCUCCGCACAUGAAGAAUGCCAUGUUUGCCAGGUUGGCACUGGGUGAAAUGUCGGAGUUCCACUGCACUUCGCCAGUGCAAUGGAACUACGAUACUACCACCAGCUCUUACGAUCAGGCAAGUAAUGAAAUAUGA